GGGGCGGUCCCUAUGCCCCUAUAAAAGUCGAAACGCGCCGCGGUCUGCCUCACAGGACGACUGAAGACAGUAACCAUGAAGCUGUUUCUUGUUCUCCUCGCUGUGGCUUUUGCCAACGCUGCCCAAGACCCCGUCAGGUGGUGCGUGACCUCCGAGUGCGAGUUGCAGAAAUGCGAGCGCAUGGUGACGGAGUUCCGCUACAACAUGGGCGAGCCGCACUGGGAGUGGACCUGUGUGCUGGCCUCCUCCAAGGAGCAGUGCAUGAAGUGGGUUGACCUCGGAUACGCUGAUGUCGUCAUGACUAAGGGUGAGGACAUCUACACCGGCAUCCGCACCCACCACCUGAAGCCCAUCCUGUACGAGCUGCCCGAGCUCAAGACUCUGGGUGUGUCCAAGCACAUGAAGUCCUGGGAGUCCAUCAGCCUUGCUGUUGUGCCCAAGUCCUCCCCCAUCUCCACCUGGCGCGACCUGGAGGGUGUGACCACCUGCCACGCCUCCGUGUACGAGCCCACCAGCUUCAAGCUGCCGGUGUGCCACAUGAUCCACCACGACAUCAUCCCCCACAAGGGCAACAUGAUGGAGAGCUUCGUCCACUUCUUCGAGAAGAGCUGCGUCCCCGGAAUCCUGAAGAGCUACCUGAACUACAACCGUACCAUCCCCAGCACCCUGUGCGAGCUGUGCGGCUCUGAGGACCGCGAGUACUGCCACGAGUACCUUGACAAGUACUCCGGUCUGGAGGGCGCCUCCCGCUGUCUGACCGAGGGCAAGGGUCAGGUCACCUUCCUGCCCCACCACUACAUCGAGACCUUCAUCGAGAAGUUCGGCCGCGACUACAAGCUGGUGUGCCGUGACAACACCGAGGAGCUGGACAGCUGGAAGGUGAAGAGCUGCCACAUGGGCUACCUGCCCCGCCCCACCCUGCUCUGCUCCCACAAGGCAUCUGAGGAGUACAUCAACACUCUGCAGACUCUUCUCAUCAACGCUGUCAAGACCUUCUCCAGCAAGGUGCGCACCUUCGAUAUGUUCAGCUCCGAUGAGGAGUCUUACGCCUGCAAGUCUCACCUGAAGAAGGACCUCAUCUUCCAGGACAACUGCCGCGACCUUGUCCGCAUUGACUCCGAGAAGCAGUUCGCCAACGACUUCUUCCAGACCUACGACACCUGCCACGCCCUGAAGCCCAAGCCCACCGCCCGCUUCUGCGUCUACAACAAGGAGUCCUACCACAAGUGCCUGGAUAUGCAGAAGUACUUCAUGAAGACCGAGAAGGUGAACGAGAUCAGCUGGGGAUGCGUGCUGGCCACCUCCCAGCUGGAGUGCAUGAAGAUGGUGCACAACGGCACCUGCGACAUCGUCUCCACCGACGCCAUGCAGACCUUCAUCGGCGGCAAGGAGUUCCUCCUGCAGCCCUUCAUGUCCCAGUACUUCGACGUCUUCGAGACCCCCAUUGAUGGCAAGAAGGUCUACGACCACAACAUCUACACCUACACCGUGGGUGUCAUGCUGAAGGACACCGUCAGGAGGCGCUUCGGCCACCACGAGACGUACGUGAACCUGAAGGAUCUGAACACCUGCCACGCCGGCGUGUCCCACCCCAGCUCCUUCCACUACCCCAUCGGCUGGCUGCUGGCCAACGGAACCAUCCCCCGCAUCGGGUCCAUCUUCGAGUCCGUGGACAAGUACUUCAAGCACAGCUGCCUGCCCGGCUCCAAGCACUGGAACAUGACCAAGGACCUGAUCCUCGGCUACGAGUACAACUACGGCUACAACCACACCUUCUUCGCCAACUUCACCGACUGGUACAUGUGGAACAUCCCCUCCACCUGGACUUGGUUCACCUACCAGAACGUCACCCCCAGCUUCAUGCGCCACUUCUACCCCAUCGAGAAGGAGAUCGAGCACUACACCGAGCACACCACCCUGCCCUACUUCAAGGACAUGCCCGUCGAGCUCAUCACCAAGCUCAAGUCUCACGUCCCUGUCUCCUUCUUCAAGCAGUUCAUCCACCCUCUGACCCAGCACCUCAAGUACUACAACUUCCACGAUAAGGAGACCCCUGUCUUCACUCCUGAGUACAUCAAGGAGAUGCUGACCCCUGAGCUGAUGAAGAACAUGAUCACCCCCGAGUUCCUCAAGACCAUCUUCCCUCCUUAGAUUUUCAUGCAGCUGGACAUCCCCAAGCACCUCAUCGGGAUGCCUACCUCCACCAUGUACAACGAGAAGCCCCUGCCCCACACCGUGGUGCCCUACAUGCUGACCCACAUCUUCCCCACCACCAUCUUGCCCAAGGUCAUGACCCAGGUCCUGUACCAGACCAUCCUGCCCUACGUCACCUUCACCCCUCAGGUCUACGAGCAGGUCAUGCCUCUGCUGCAGAGCCACAUGUACUUCCAGUUCCAGACCUACCUGCCCGAGCUGCUGCCUAAGAUCCUCAUCGACACCAUGCCCAUCCUGGAGGAGCAGCUGACCGUCGAGCCCUGGAAGAGCCCCCUGAUCAACAUCCUGCCCGUCAUGACCCAGUACCUGACCAUGAUGGAGACUCCCAUCUUCAAGAACUUCGUCAACCGCUACACCAACCCCAUCUGGAAGCAGCCCUACUACGAGACCUUCCUGCAGAGGAUGUUUGAGCACCGUGAGAACCUGUGCGAGUCCUGCUCCGGCUACAAGGACCACCGCUGCACCGAGACCGUGUCCGAGCCCUUCUACCACUACAAGGGCAGCAUGCACUGCCUGAAGGACCUGCGUGGGGACAUCACCUUCCUGGAGUCUCACCUCAUCGAGGAUCUGAUCAACGACGUCGAGAUCCGCAAGAGGGACCUCAUGCUCGUCUGCCCCAGCGGCAAGACCAUCCAGUACGUGAACCACGAGUCCAUCCUCAAGUGCAACUUCGGAUCCGUGCCCAUGCCCGUCAUGAUGACCUCUCACCUCAAGGACGGCAUCUGGCGCUGGAAGGUGACCAAGGCUCUGCUGGAGGCCCAGAAGAUCUUCAGCACCAGCAGCCAGAACGAGUGGGGCUUCCACAUGUUCGGCGAGCACUCCUGCUUCCACCACAAGUGCAUCCAGCUCAGCCCCAUCAGCCUGGUCAACCAGACCUACGAGAUCACCCUGGGCUCCAUGCUCGUGCACUCCAUGGAGGCGCUCAUCCUGCCAUCUACCUUCGAGUACCACCCGUACAUCAACAAGUACACCGCCCACGGCCAGACCUUCACCAACGUGGUGUUCCAGCGCGACUACACCUGCAACGCCAUCGUUCAGGACCUGACCUGCUACGGCGAGUCCAUCAACCGCACCGUCUUCAUCAACCGCGUCGGCAAGAAGAUCCCCUACAACAUGCGUAUGUGCAGCCGCCCCACCACCUUCGUGCGCAAGUACGUUGAGUUCACCUGCGAGACCGGUCUGGGCUACAUCAAGUCCGUGAUGAUGCCCACCGCCUGCGAGUACGUGCCCUGCGACGAGACCAUCUACGUGCCCACCUGGUCCGUGGACGAGUACUGGAAGCUUCCCGAGCACAGCUACGAGCCUGAGCAGUGGGAGAGGGACAUGUGGAGCCACCACCUCUGGGGUAAUUGGAUUUGCAUUUUUUCUGUCCACAACUGGUUCGAGGACAUCCAGGUUCCCGAGUCCCAGAUCACCGUGACUCCCUUCGGCACCUGCACCAAGCUGCACAAGUCCUACCUGGACGUGUUCGGCGUCGUGCCCAAGCACACCUCCGCUCUCACCUCCAUCCUCAAGCAGAAGACCAUCAUCAAGAAGCCAUUCACUGAUGUGUGCGAGUACAGGUGGGAGGGCGUCUACUGGCACCCCGAGUGGCUGCACAUGCACAUGCCCAUGUGUGAGAUCCAUCAUUAGGACCUUACCUUAGCGUCGUCGUGUAGAAAUUAGGACUUCCAACUUUUACUACCUUUCUACCUUGUUUCGUACUUUCUUUUCGUAGGUUUAAGACUUUCCAUGUCUUUUGUCUGCAGAAAAUAAAAUAUGUGUAUACCAAGCA